AUGGAACUUUUAGAUAUUAUGAAAAAUUUGACGAUUAAACAUUCCGGUAGUAAAAGUGAACAAACCUUUUUUAAAUCAAUAGCUGCAGAUAUCGAUGAAGUUUCAACAGAAAUAGUUUUUGCUGAAUAUGCUGAAAAAAUCUUGCUCAUUGUAUCACAAUACCAAAAAAUUGGGAGUAUGUUGAUGAUAACUAGGGAUCAAGUCCACAGUCCCUUAGGUACAAAUAAUAUUUUUACAACAAAAGUUAUUUUUGGUGCCACAGGAGAAGAUCAACAAGUUGCAGCAAGGUACCUGGCGGAGGCUAUACAAAUUACUAAACCGCUAUACAUAUUCAUAAAUCUCAAAUCAUAUGAUAUUGAGACUGUAAAAGCUUGCAAAGAUAUUAUACUUGAUUUGAAAAAAGAGGAAAGUGAAUAA